ACAACUUCAUACAACAUCUACCUCAUCUUCUUCGUUUGUUCCUCCAUCUUCUUCGUUUGUUCCUCCUCCCAGGAACCUGGAGGAAGACCAAGAGAAUGGAGAGAAGGAAGGUUGGCAUCAUCGGCGCCGGUGUGAGCGGCUUAGCAGCAUGCAAACACACACUCGACAAGGGGUUCAACCCAGUGGUAUUCGAAGCUGAUGACACCAUUGGAGGAGUCUGGGCACACACCUUGGAGUCAACAAGGCUCCAGGCACCAACCACAGCAUUCAGGUUCUCAGACCUGGCAUGGCCAGCAAGUGUGACAGAGAAGUACCCAGGCCAUAGGAAGGUCAUGGAGUACCUGAGGUCAUAUGCAUCCAAGUUUGAUCUCCUCAAGUGCAUCAGGUUCAAUAGCCAGGUGCUUGGAGUUGAAUACCUUGGUCAAACUGAGGAAGAAAUCAUGAAGUGGGAGCACUGGUCUGGCAAUGGUGAAGCAUUUGGAACUGGCAAGGAUGGGGUUUGGCGCCUCACAGUGAAGGACUUGAAAAUUGGUCACGUUGAGGUUUUUCAAGUGGAUUUUCUAAUCGUGUGCAUUGGAAGGCAUAGUGGGAGCCCGAAUAUCCCAGAAUUUCCGGCAAACAAUGGCCUUGAGUCAUUCAAAGGGAAAAUCUUGCACUCAAUAGACUACUCAUACAUGGAUAAUGCCGCCGAAUUUAUCAAAGGUAAGAAUGUGACUAUAGUAGGCUCUGGAAAAUCUGCAUUUGACAUUGCUGCAGAGGUCGCCAAGGUGAAUGGUGCAACCCACCCAUGCACCAUGAUAUAUAGAACAAGGCACUGGUUGGUCCACAAAUCUAGUAUAUGGGGAGUUGACCUCAGUUACUUCUAUCUUAACCGCAUUUCACAGCUACUGGUUCAUAAACCUGGUGAAGGAUUUCUUUAUUAUGUUUUGGCCACUGCCCUCUCCCCUUUGAGAUGGACGAUCUCAAAAGUAAUUGAAGCUUACUUCAAGCGAAGCAUUCCUUUACAAAAGCAUGGGAUGGUUCCUGACUACAGCUUCUCCUUUGCCAUGUCGUCUUGCUUGAUUGCAAUGCUACCAGAGAGGUUUUAUGACAAGGUUGACGAAGGAAGCAUUAUUCUCAAGAAAUCCAAGAGGUUCAGCUUCUCUAAUGACGGAAUCAUCCUGGAAGAUGGAAAUGAACACAUAAAGAGUGAUAUUAUAAUUCUAGCAACAGGAUUUAAAGGUGAUCAGAAACUUAGAGACAUCUUCACAGCAAAUUGGUGUAAAAAUAUAGUGGCAGGGUCAUCAGAUACAGAAGUUCCUCUAUACAGAGAAUGCAUCCAUCCUCGGAUUCCUCAGCUAGCAAUUGUUGGAUACUCUGAGAGCCUUACCAACAUAUAUGCCUUCGAAAGAAUGGCCAAUUGGGUAGCGCAUUUACUAGCUGGUCGCUUCAAAUUACCAAGCAUAAGAUGUAUGGAAGAGAGCGUGCUAGAGUGGGCAAAGUACAAGGACCUUUACAAUGGAAAGUAUUUUCGCAGGUCCUGUAUAAGCACCAUUAACAUUUGGUUUAAUGAUUUAUUGUGCCAAGACAUUGGAUGUGACCCUAAAAGGAAGAAAGGAAUCCUGGCUGAAUGGUUCCAGCCAUAUGGACCUGCUGAUUAUGCAGAUCUUUACUGAAGACUGUAGCAUCUUUCCUACAAGCAUAUUCAUAGGAAAAGAAGAUAAGACAAGAAUUACUGCCUCGAGGUUCCAACUGAUUAGUUUAGGAAGAUUCUAUAUUUCAAAUUUGUUGUUAUCAUAACACAAAAUAGAUUCUACCAUGUUAUGUACAAAAUUUUACUUUCUGAAAGAGUUCUCAACCUAUGCGAAUGUACGCUUGAGCUUCAAUUAUAUAUUGUAGAUA